CAACGUGAAGAAAAUGACUCGGUGACUUUAGCCAUAGAUGUAUUCGGUACAGCACAACAUGCACCACGUUUCGAGAUGGCUUCAGUAAGAACGGUACUAAGCCUAGGUCUCCCGGGUCAACGUGUAAUGAUGGAGUCAUUAUCGUCCAAGUAUCGCCACCUACGAGGUCUUCCUAUAAGCUCAUAUAGUGAUACAGCUCCUAAGCUACUCAUAGGGAUCGACAAUUAUCGUCUGACACGACCUUUGAAGGCCAUAGAAGGAGAACCCUUUGAACCAGUCGCCACCAAAACACGUUUAGGAUGGGUUGUGUCUGGACACUGCGCUCAAUUUCAGGGUGAUGGAUGGAAAGUAACAUUAGCCACGCAUAACGCGAGACUUUGCGUUUGUUCUAACCUAGAAGCAAGAUUAGAUGCCGUUCUUAAAGGAAGCUUCGACUUGGACAAAUCUAACGGUACACCACCACUACCAAAGGCAACGAAAAGAGCGCUAGACUUGCUGAGAGAACAAACCAAGUUUGUAGAAGGAAGAUUCGAAGUAGGGCUCUUAUGGAAACGAGAAAAUAUGUCCUUGCCAAAUAAUCGCUCAAUGGCCCUACGCCGCCUCGAUUGCCUUGAGAAACGCCUGAUUCGAGAACCAGAGCUAAGAGUAGCCAUGAAUGCAGUGAUCAGCGAACACAUCAAGAAAGGCUACGUACAAGAACUUCCUAAAACCGAGAAAAGUAUGAUGUCGGCAAGAACUUGGUACCUGCCAGUAUUUCCUGUCUCUAGUGCCAACAAGCCCGAUAAAAUCAGAGUAGUGUGGGAUGCUGCAGCAGAAUUCCGUGGAGCAUCUCUAAACUCUAUGUUUCUUACCGGUCCUGACCUCCUGACACCACUCAUCGUCGUACUACGCAGAUUUCGAGAGUACAAGAUAGCUGUCGCUGCCGACAUUUCCGAGAUGUAUCAUCAAGUACGCGUCAGUCCCAACGAUCAUGAUAGUCAGAUAUUUUUAUGGAGGUGGAACAAGGAUGAAACCGAACCUAAGGAAUACGUAAUGAAACGAAUGACAUUCGGCGCCGCUUGCUCACCUAGCUGUGCUCAAUUUGUAAAAAACUUGAACGCUGAACGGUUUCAAGAAAGGCUUCCGAUUGCAGCACGUUGUAUCAAGGAAGACCACUACGUAGACGACAUGCUGACGAGCCAAGAGGAGAUAUGUGAUGCGAUUAAGCUUGCCAAAGACGUCUUAUACGUCCAUGAACAAGGAGGUUUCCCGCUGCACAACUGGAUAUCAAACUGUGAAGAAGUACGUCGAGCAAUUGGUACUACGUCUAGCGAACAACAGAAAAAUCUCAACCUUGAACCGACUGUGACCACUCAGAAGGUCCUCGGUAUGUGGUGGGAUGCAGAACUAGAUGUCUUUCGCUUCAAAAUCCCUCCACGUAAUGAAGACUUAUUGCUGGGAACCACUAUUCCAACCAAGCGUCAGAUCCUAAGUAACAUUGCAAGAGACCUGGAGGAUGAAUGUUGGAUGGGACGACGAGGUUCCCCAAUCCAUCUAUGAGAUGUGGAGUCAAUGGCUUGCACAUAUUCCAACCCUCCAAAACAUUUCGAUACCACGCUGCUAUCGCGAAUCUGUGACAAUAA